AUGGUAGCCGACGAUGGCGGCAGCAGCGCCAUGGACGCACAUAGCAGUGCCUGCAUUGGGAAUAUGAUAAGGGAUGACAACCACACAACUCCUAUGCCUCCGCUGCAACAGGAAUCCCUCGGCUGCGGUCUCAGCAAAGAAGAAGCCGAGCAGCUUACCAACUUGUAUUUUGACACUAUACAUGAUGUAUGCCCCAUGUUACACCGCGCUAAAUACAUGGAGUCAACACCUCUGUCCAAUGCAUCGAGGCCCAUGACGUCGCUUCAGUAUAUCAUCAUGGCACUAGCGGCUACUCAUUCGGAGCAGUAUAAUCAAACAAGCCCAGCUUUGUACCGGCAAGCAAGACUGCUUGCCGACAAUGGCGAUUCAAUCCAUGCUGAUGCCAGUGAACCAACAGUCUUACAAGCCCAGGCUUGGCUUCUGAUUUCCAUGUAUGAAGCCCAACAAGGAGUAUUUUCACGUGCAUCAAUCAGCUUUAGCCACAGUAUUCGAUUCGCACAAAUGUGCCAGCUACACAAGCUUCCAGAGAAUGACCAUUAUCUCCAAGAGCUGACGGCUCCAGAUUGGCGGGAGAUUGAAGAACAACGUCGAACUUGGUGGGCGCUGUUCAACACUGAUCGCCUCUUGAGCGCCACAACUGGGUGGCCUUCAUUGAUAGACACCCAUGAUAUUUGCACACCUUUGCCAGCCUCUGAGCAGGCUUUUGCAGCAGGCCAAGCUGAGCCGUGUUGCACGUUGCAUGCGUUGCUUGAGAAUUUCGUCCAGCCGACGUCGAUUUUCAAUCGCAAUAUAGUGGCUGCGCAUCUCUUUCACGAAAGUGUCCGACAUACCUCUCACGAUUUCUCUGACAUUGAAUUGUGCGACACGAAGAAUGGCGUCUAUUGGAAACAACAUAGACGACUGGACAAUCAUCUGUCACUCUUGCGUACAGCUAUUUCGGGUACCACUAUCCAACUAAAUUACAGGGAUCCUCACGAAGCCACUGUGCAUUUAUACAUCCAUGCCGCAACGAUACGCCUCCACCAAUCAGCAAUGCAGAGAUAUCAAUCCCUCGAUCUACCAGCGGACUUGGCAAGUCAGUGUCAAGACCGCAUACUACUAGCAGCCGAAGAGAUCGUGCAUAUUAUCAAGGCCACUUCUAAUGCUAAACUGGUGAUGCGGAAUCCUGUCGCGUUAUUUUCAGUCUCCUCGGCUAUUCUCAUCAUGAUGAGCAAUCUUGGCCCGGACGACGACAGCCCCCAUUGCGAGGAUAACCUGGUAUUCUUACUCAAUAUGCUGGCAAUCGCUGGAAGAGACAAUAUAGUCGCAAAAUCAUUAGCCGAGCAGCUCGUAAUCCAGGCAAAAGCAGCAGAAGAUGACGAGGACAUGAAUCAGCAGGCCCUCAAUUUUGCCAUAUCGGGUGCGGGCCCGCUGCUAUCAGUGACGGGCCCCGACGUAUCCUCUACGUCGUUUCGCCUACCAAGCCCGUAUCGUCCAUGA